CACAACUCGCUUGACAGUCUGAAGGUUUAACACUGUUGCCUCUCCAGCUAUCUUGUCGCUAAAGUUCUGUAUUUUGUAGUUAAAUCGCUAUUGUUUUGCAGCCAUGACGAAACUUACAGAAGGCGCGAUCGAGGCUCUGGCCAGUGGUUCCGGUGGAAACGAGGCAGUGCUUCAGUUGGUGAACAUUCGCAAGAUUGAUGGAGGGAGUGGACUUGCUCGAUUUCGGGUGAUGAUGAGUGAUGGACGGCAUACAUUGUCCUCCUUCAUGCUCUCCACCCAGCUGAACUGCAUGGCUGAAGAAAACGUCUUGGCCCAAAACUGCAUCUGUGUUCUCAAGAGGCAUGUGACUAAUGUGCUGAAGGAUGGAAGACGAGUCGUAAUCAUUUUGGAAAUUGAAGUCAUCAAGUCUGCUGAUGAAGUUGGAAAUAGAAUAGGAGACCCUACUCCGUUCACCGAGGGUCAAAGUAAAGGCCCACAAUCAGCUCCAGCCCCUGAAAUCAGACCUCCACUGCAAACUCAAAAUAGAAAUGAAGUGAGCAGAGGUUUCAACAUUGGGAAGAAAGCUCCAUCUGCUCUGCCCAAUACUCCGGGGGGCAGCUCCAAAGUUGUGCCCAUUGCCAGCCUCAACCCUUAUCAGUCUAAGUGGACAAUCCGUGCACGAAUCACCAACAAGAGUUCCAUUCGCACGUGGAGCAACUCCCGGGGUGAUGGCAAACUCUUCUCCAUGGAGAUCGUAGAUGAGAGUGGAGAAAUCAGAGUGACUGGUUUCAACCAGGAAGUUGACAAGUUCUUCACUCUCAUUGAGGUUGGCAAGGUCUACUACAUCUCCAAGGGCUCCUUAAAGAUCGCCAACAAGCAGUACACAUCAUUGAAGAAUGACUAUGAGAUGACGCUCAACGGAGAGUCCUCCAUCAUCCCCUGUGACGACAGCAGUGACGUUCCCAUGAUGCAAUGUGACUUUGUCUCCAUUGGUGACUUGGAGAGCAGAGAGAAAGAUGCCGUUGUUGAUGUGAUUGGUGUGUGCAAGAGUGUGGACGAGCUGACCCGCCUCACCACCAAGACCAACCGUGAAGUUUCUAAGAGGACACUAAGUCUGAUGGACAUGUCUGGGAAGUUGGUUUCUGUCACGCUGUGGGGAGAGGAGGCAGAAAAGUUUGAUGGCUCUGGACAGCCUAUUCUUGCCAUUAAGGGUGCCAAGCUGUCAGACUUCGGAGGCCGGUCGCUGUCGGCAUCCUUCAGCAGCACCGUGAUGAUCAACCCGGAUAUCCCUGAGGCAUAUAAACUCAGAGGCUGGUACGACAAGGAAGGCCACGCUAUGGACGGACAGUCUCUGACAGAGUUGAAAGGGGGCAGCGGGGGAGGAAACACCAACUGGAAGACUCUGGCUGAUGUUAAAAAUGAGCAUCUGGGACACGGAGACAAGGCGGACUACUACACCUGCAUAGGUACCAUCGUAUAUCUGCGCAAAGAGAAUUGCCUUUACCAGGCCUGUCCAAGCCAAGACUGCAACAAAAAAGUGGUUGACCAGCAUAAUGGCAUGUACCGCUGUGAGAAGUGUGAUAAAGAGUUUCCCAACUUCAAGCACCGCCUCAUUCUCUCCGCCAACAUUGCAGAUUAUCAGGACAAUCAGUGGGUGACUUGCUUCCAGGAGAGUGCGGAGGCCAUCCUGGGUCAGAAUGCAGCUUACCUGGGGCAGCUCAAGGACUCGAAUGAGACUGCGUUUGAUGAGAUUUUCCAGCAAGCCAACUUCAACACUUUUGUCUUCCGCAACCGAGUGAAGCUGGAAACGUAUAAUGAUGAAUCCAGGAUUAAGGCUACCGUGAUGGACGUGAAGCCCGUCGACCACAAAGACUACAGUAAAAGGCUCAUCGUGAACAUAAGGAAACUGGCCGUCCAGUAACAACCUUGUGUUUAGUGAUCUUUAGUUCUUGUACAGUCAGCAGACCGCUCUUUAUAUUACUCUUAUUGCUAAUAAAGCAUUUAUAAUUUAGUUAUUCCUGUGUGUGUGUGUGAGAGAUCCAUUAAAGUGACUGAUUUUCUUCUGUUUUUUUUUUUUUCGGUGUCCUAAUUGUAAAGUUUUCUCCUGAACUUUUUUGUUAUUUGAGCAAAUGUGCCAGUAAGCCAUGAAUGAAAUCAUCUUUGUGCAUGUCUUUAGCCAGACUUAUUUUUGUGCAUCUACUCUGGUCUUGUGGGGGCGGUGGCUGCUUAAAGCAGGCGACCAGCACUUUAAAAAAAACCACACAUUCUUUUCACCCUCUGAUGCACUCUCAAAAUGCUUGGCCUGGACCUGCACAUCCCUGAUAAGGACAUUUAUUCUUCCUGUUUAUUUUUCUUUUGGCUCCAUUUCUUAUGUACUUGUAAACAUAAGUACAUGAUGCAGGAGUGCAGACCUAAUGGGAAAUGCACUGUACCCUUAGAUGAUGCUGUUGAUACUUGCCUUUCACAACACUUGCAGUUUUUUGUUCUUUUCCUUUUGAGAUAUUCAACUGUAAAAAUAAACAUAUUUGUGAACAAGG